GAACAAGGGAAUGAGCAUGACAAGGAGUCAUGGGAAGUGCCAUUGCAAAUAAUCAAGCAGGAGGUGGAAGAACUGAUGAUUGAAAAGCAAGGGAAACAAAGAGGCCACGACAGAACCUACUCAAAGAAUGGGGAGGAGAAAUUUCCUCCUCUAUGUGUUGAACUCCAUGAUUUCCCAAUCCAGGCAGAUCCGAAAAGAAAGGGACAAUACCCAGAAUGUGACAAAAGAGUUCAACGUAAAUUUGAUUCAAAUGCCUCUUGCAAAACCCAGACUAAAUGGAAACAAUAUAAAUAUAGACAGCACAAAAACAUAUUUCCUUCCCUCUUAAUGGACCUGAAAAAUUCUGUAUGAAAAAUAAGUCACAUACGUUUUUAAGAUCUGGAAAGAAUAUUAGCCUGAACCUCAGUUGUCAAAGUUACUCUGAAGGAUUUCACCCAACACAGAAACCGCAUAAAUGCUCUGAGUGUGGGAAGAGCUUUAGUAACAGCAGUGCCCUUACUUUCCAUCAAAGGACCCACACGGAUGAAAAACCAUAUAAAUGUGGGAAGCGUAAUAAGACCACCUAUAGAAACAGUAUUCUUAUUUGUCAUCUUGAUGAGAAACCAUAUGAAUGCAUGGAGUGUGGAAGGAGUUUCAGUAGCAGCAAUGCCCUUACUAACCAUUGAAGGAUUCACACAAGGGAGAAGCCGUACAAGUGCACAGAAUGUGGGAAACGUUUCAGUAGCAACAGUGCCCUUACUAACCAUCUAAGAAUCCACACAGGGAAGAAACCAUAUAAAUGCAAGGUGUGUGGAGAAAGCUUUAGAUGGAGCAGUGAUCUUACUUCCCAUUGGAGGGUUCACACAGAGGUGAAACUAUAUUGCCAAGAUGCCAGCAGUCCAAUUUAACAAGAAACAAGAACCUCCCCAGGGUUUUUGAACAGGAUUCAUUGAAGAGAAUAUGUUAACUACUUUUGGCUAUCUUCUGCAAUCUUGCUUCUGUAAUCAUCUGAAUGUUCUGUAAUAGGGCCUGGGAAGGCUGCUUGGGGAAUCCUGGGACCCAAAGGGAAAGUUGGAUGAGAGGCGAGUAUGUUGGUCCCUUUUCCCUGGGUGAAUUGUUUCUAUAAUUUUAAUUUGUGUGGUAAAAAUGACUGAACAGGUCUGGAUGAUUUCUUGACCUGGCCAUAAUUUGAUAUGUGUCUGCUAAUAGGAUUAUUUAUUCAAGUCUAGAAAAGUGAUGUUAGUGCAUUAAUUCGAAGAGAGGUAAGAACGUGUAGGAUUUGGCGAUAUGUUUUCACAAAUUUUGCUUGCAUGAGCAAUUUAAUAUCUGCCCUGGCAAAUUAUCUUAAAAUAAAAAUAAUUUUAUUUCUGAAUCUUUCUAAAUACUAAUACAUACUGAUAGUCUUCGAGUUAUGAUCA